UCCCAGAUGGUAAAUCCCCACUUCACCCUGGCACCUCCUUCCCACAAGCCUCAACCCUGGCAAAGGCUGCGGGUGCCCUGGGAAAGGCUGGGUCCCUAAUCCCUGGGCCAAGCGGGGACAUUGUCCGGGGGCAGAAAGGAAAGCGGCGCGUCAGGCCCUUUGCCCAUUGUGCCCUGAGCCCCUGCGCAAACACAGCCCAGCACUUUCAUUGUCAGCCUGGCUGGGCGCGGGGGGGCCGCUCUCGCCACACUGCCUAAGUGGAAUGGACAGCCGGAGUCUGGGGUGGGUGAGCAGCCCGUCCCCCCCAUCCCCUGCCUGCUGACACAGCGCCCUGACCGCCUGCACCAUCGGCACUUCAGCGCCCGCCUAUAAAGGGCGAGGGGAAAAGCCGGCGCCGGCACCGCCACCUUCGCCUCUGUGCCCUGCCCUCCGACCAACCGAGCGACCCGUAUGACCAGCAGUGAAGCCAUGGACACCCUGGGGCAGUACAAGAUCACGGUGUGGGAGGAGGAGAACUUCCAGGGCAAGCGCUGCGAAUUCCUCAUGGAGUGCCCCAGCAUCAUGGAGCGUGGCUUCCGCAAGAUCCGCUCCAUCAAGGUGGAGUCUGGCCCCUGGGUAGGCUUCGAAUACCCUGAGUACCAGGGACAGCAGUUUAUCCUGGAGAAGGGUGACUAUCCCCGGUGGGAGGCCUGGAGCGGGAACAGUGGCUACCGGACCGAGCACCUCCUCUCCUUCCGGCCUGUCAAAUGCGCAAACCACAAUGACAGCAAAGUCAUCCUCUACGAGGCUGAGAACUUCCAGGGUCACAAGUUUGAGCUGAGUGACGACUAUCCCUCACUGCAGGCCAUGGGCUGGGGCAACAAGGAGGUGGCAUCCAUCAAAGUGAACGCUGGAGCGUGGGUGGCAUACCAGUACCCAGGAUACAGGGGCUACCAGUACGUGCUGGAGCGGGACAGACAGAACGGCGAGUUCAAGAAGUACAAUGAAUACAGCAGCCAGGCCCACACCAACCAGAUCCAAUCCAUCCGCCGCGUCCAGCACUGAACAGGGGCAGGGCUGUGUGCCCUGCAGCCUCCAGGCUGCUGUGCAAUAGACCUCUAUCCAGUAGCAAAUAAAGGCAUUUGUCAAAAAAUAGAGUGCUCCUGCCUCUGCUCUGCUGCUCAGGGGGCUGCCAUGCUGGGAGGACCCUCUGUGGGGUGAAAGGUGAGGUUUCCCCUUCCCCAGGCAGUUUUGGGCUCAUGGCCAGCUCCACCCUGGGCUGAGCUCUCUGCACCCCACCUCUUGUCCGUGCACAUUUCCACUCCUGUAAUGCUCUGGCUGGAAAAAUGGGAACUUGCUGGGCAAAGAAAGGGAUAGAGGGGGGAGGGGGCUGUGCCUGGGAAGAGGCAUCCAGCAGGGUUGUGCCCUGGGUUCUCCUGCCAGGAUCAAUGCCGUGGAAAUUGAUUGCUACAAAGUCUUCAAACUCAAGGUCUCCUUCCCCUACACCCCUCUGGAAGAGGGAAGGUGGUCCCUGCCUCCUGUGGGCCUGGGAAGGAGGAAGAACAUAGGGGUAAUCAGGGACAGGGUGGGACACUGACAACAAAUGGGGCAGCCACAGUUGUGUCCACUUUGGGGGCACUGGCACAGAGGGGCUGGACGGGAGGUGAGUUUUGCAGAGGUCAGGGGAAGGGAAGGUUCCACAGGUGUUAGGGGGCUUGGCUUGAUGCUCGCAGGCGUGUGUAUCCUCCCCCAGCCUUGCCACGCCAGCAUAUCCGUGCCAGUAUCCGGCUCCGGGACACCGGCAGCCCCACCCAGCCUCCUCCUUCUCCAGCACCCUUUCCCAGCCUCCUCUUCCUCUUCCAUCUGGUUCCAGAAUUCUGAAACCUCCUGGGGUGCAGGCUACCUAUCCUGAGGUACUCCCUGCACCGGGACAUCGCUUCCUCCUCCUCUCCUCCUUCUUGUCUUCUAUCCUGCUCUGGCACUCCAAAGCCCUCCCAGGGUACAGAUUUUCAGUCCUGAGGUGCUUUCCACACCCAGGACAUGGAUGAAUGCUGGAAAAGUUUUGAGUCCCUCAGAUACCUGGUUUCCCUGAUGCCCACCCUGCUAAAAGCAUGCUUGGCCCUGAGACAGGGAGUGUCCCAGAAGGGUUGGGGAUCAGUCUGUGCACACCGCUCUCCAGUAGUAACAGAGACCCCAGCCCUGGUGUCUGUGUCAGCAUGUGCUGACAAGGUGUCAGCCCUGGUGUGUGUGUGUGUGUGUGUGUGUGGGUGGGUGUGUGUGUGUGUGAGCUGCACACGGCUGAGCACACAAGUAUGUAUCCCUGUACGCCCCCUCUCCCCUCCAGCCCCAGUG